GGUGUUAGGGGUUCGAAUCCUGACUACACCCUGUGUGCAUGGAGCUUGCAUGUUUUUCCCUUCGGGGGUUCUCCUGAUUGGGGGUUUCCUCCGAGUACUUCAGUUUCCUCUCCCAGUCCAAAGACAUGUGUUGUAGGCGAAUUGGCAUUUCCAAAUUGUCCGAAGUGUGUGAAUGUGUAUGCGAUGCGAUCCAUGGUUUUCCCCAGCCUUGUGUUCUGAGUUCCGUCUGACAGGCCCCAGACUCCCAUGCAAACCCUGGGUAGGAUAAGCAGUUCAGAUGUAAUGACGUGUCAUGAUAAUAUCUAAGCGUGAAGAAGGGUUUGGGACAGAUUUGUUUCUUUCUUUCAGAAUGUGCUAGACGACAUUUCUAGUUCUCUAACCAAGUGAAACUUUCAGUGAGAAACUGUACCUGCUUCUUAGCGACUAGGGAUGCCCAGCAACACGUAUCAACCUGAUCAUGGCGACCUGCAUCAGUUUCACACUGUGGCUUUUCCUGGCCCUCUUAUGAGCAAUAAGAUGCAGAAAGAGGACCUGUUGAAGUUUAUAGAGUGCCAAGUAGAGGAGUGUCUCAGUCGGAUUAAAGAACUUCACCAAAUGGAGGCCUACUUCUUUUGGCAGAUUAUGGACUUGUUCUGCCGUCAGAACGGAGAAGUGAUGAUGGCUCAAGUCACCACUAUCCUCUUCAAGGGAGACGGCUUAAUUAAGAAGAAGCUGAGAGGAACUGAGGACCUGAAGUACUGGUUCCUUUCUCUGGCGCAACUUUUGUGCUCCUCUGCCCCAGAUGAUGAGCGAAGAGAAGCCGUGAUUCAGAUGGGAGAUGAUCUCGCCUUCAAAGGACUGACGUUCGCAGCGCACAUCUGCUACGUGGUGGCAAAAGUGGAGCUGGGGACACGUAGUCGAUUCGAAUUGAUCGGAUGUGACAAGUAUUUGUGUGUUGUGCCAUUCGGUCUGACAGUCCUGACUUCAGCCAUUGAGAGAACAGAGGUUUACGAGUACGUGCUGUCUCUGACCUCAGGCCUGGCCCAGCCAAACUUCCAGAUCUUCAAGUUGUGUCACGCCAACCGGUUCGCCCAGGCUGAAUUUCCCAAGGAAGCCAUGCAGUAUUGCGAGACCAUCGCCAGGGCAGUCAUCACCUUCCCCGGCAGAAUCAAAAGAAGCUUUGUUAAACGGCUCGUUUUGCUGUUUAACAUGCUGCAAGAAGGGGCAGAAGGACAAGAACCUGUGUGGCUGCUAGAGCUUUGCCAGCUGUAUAAAAUCAAAGCCACUGAUGCAGAUGCUAAUUCUGACUCAGAGCAAUACUCAACAUCUACCGGCUCUGAAAUGGAGUACAACCUUCAGACCUCAGAGAAUAGCUCGACGAGUCACAAGAUCAUCGCUCCGCAGUCUCCUGAUGUGGAGCGGACUGACCCAGAGAUCGUGUUUGCGUCACGGUACACCACGGGAGAGCUGCUGAGGAUGGGAAGCUUCGGGUCUGUCUACGCAGGCAUCCGUGUGGAAGACGGGAAAGAGGUUGCCAUCAAAACGGUGGGCAAGAACAUCGUGACCAACAUCUUGAUCGAUCCCAGAGAGAGGCGCGAGCUGCCAUUGGAGGUGGCUCUAAUGGAGAUGGUGUCCAAGCCACCUCGCUGCAGCAACGUGGUGGAGCUGCUGGACUAUUUCGAAAUGCCCGAUCGCAUCGUCAUGGUGCUGGAACGACCCAGCCCCUGUAUGACCCUCAGAGAUUUCGCCAGACUUCAGGACGGCUGUCUGACUGAAGCACAGACACGAGACAUCAUGCAGCAAGUGGUUCAGGCGGCUCGUCACUGCUGCGACCGCAAAGUGUUACAUCGCGACAUCAAGGCCGAGAAUCUGCUCAUCAAUACGGACACGAUGCAAGUCAAAAUAAUAGAUUUUGUCUACGGAGACUUACUGAAGGACACACCGUACAGAAAGUAUGCAGGCACUCGUGCUUUCUGUCCUCCUGAGUGGCUGAUGUUAGGAAUGUAUGAGGGCAUUCCUGCUACCAUCUGGGGUCUGGGAAUUCUGAUGUACAACUUGGUCUGUGGAAACUACCCCUUUAGAUCCGACAGAGACUUUGAAGGCGGUCGACUGGACUUAUGUCCUGGUGUGUCUCGAGAUUUCUUCGAUCUGAUGAUGUGGUGCCUGGAGUUCGAGCCUACUUUGCGCCCGUCCUUUGAGGACAUCACCAGGCAUGAGUGGUUCACAGAGGGAGUCCAGAUCCUUUCUGGAACCAAUGAUGUGGCAACAGCCUGACCAUGUACUGCAAAACACACACACACACAGACACACACACACACACACACACACACACACAAAUAAAUAAAAAAAAACAAAACAAAUAGAAAUGUUUUAGACAGACAAUAAGUGUUAUUCUGUGUCUAAAACAUUUCUAUUUGUUUUUUUUUUAUUUUCAAUGUGUUGUUUGCUUUGUCAUAUUAAAUGUAGAAAAAGAUCUGACAUGAUUUAUCUUGGUUUCUUUCUUCUUCUUCUUCUUCUUCUUCUUCUUCUUCUUCUUCUUCUUUACAUCAUAAAACCCUGCUAUUUUAACAGGGGUGUGUAGACUUUUUAUUUCCCCUGUAAGGUGUGUUUUUAAGGCAUCACCACCCUCCUACACACACUGUGGCAGUCUGUCAGAACACUAACACACAUGAUUUCAAUGACGAUGAAUAUCUAGUGGUCACUGUUUGUCUUAAUGGUUUUCAUUGUAGCAUAUUUAGAGUUUCUGUUUGUUAUCUGCAGAUUUCCCUCUCAGGUAUGAAUACAUUUGUAAAUAUUC